AUGGCUCUGGGGACCACAAAGGAGCUAAUCAGUCUGGGAUCGGGUCAUUUCCUGCAGUCCGCCCCUGCCCCUUCUCUGUGCCUGGCCACCCGCAGCCUCCUGGUCAGCCUCUGCCCUAAAUCUGGCCAUCCCCAACUUCCCCGGGCAGCCCCUGAGCCCGGCCUGCCCAUCACCCAGCCCUGGCCCCAGACACCCGCGGCCCCACCCUCAGGCCUGGCCCUCACCCAGGACGCGCCUAGCCGCUCUAGCUCCUGCCUCACAGAGCACCCACUACGACACCAGGUGUCUGCGCUUUACGGCCGUCGGGAAGCGGAAGCGUCUUGUAGACUGCUGAGGGUGGAACUGCAGUCGUGUGAGCUCCCCCAGGCCUGGUUUCCGCCGGGGAAUGGCCCCUCAAGUCUGCCCCACCUCGAGCACCUGGUUCUGGACCAGAUCCCGGCCUUCUCAGACUCGCAGCUACGGGCCCUGCCUCGGCAAGGGGCGCUGUGCUCCCUGGUGUUGAGGGUCACCUACAGGGUGACCCACCAGGGGCUUCGAGACGCCCUGCCUGGCCUCGGUCACCUUCGGCGGCUGGAGCUGUGUGGAUGCUCCGUGCCUGCUGAUGGGGCCCUGCCGGUCAUAGGAGGCUUCCUGCCCAGACUUCGGGAGCUCAGGGUGACUGUGGCCGGGCUCACAGCCAGGGGGCUGGCCAGCCUGGUGGGGAUGCAGGCCCUAGAGACCCUGGGCCUCCUGGGACCACCCCCUACCCCAGAUAAGCUUUCAGCCAAGGAUAUCCUCCCUUUCUGUCUCUUGUUGCCUAACCUCAGAGUCCUCAGCCUUCAGGGCAUGGGACUGGGGUCAGCAGAUGAGGCUCUUCUUAGGGAGGGACUGGCCCACUGUAUGAUCCAGAAGAAUACUAGAUUUGGAAAACUCUCCUACCUUUUCUCCCAUGGAGACCACAUCAUCCCUUGA